AUGGCCUCAGACUUGGAAGAGGGUGCAGUGUUGUCAGAUGUUCAUAUCGACGUCCAUCUCUCCAAUCAGAGGUCCCUCGGUGAGUUAGCCCUUACCAUUUUCAACUUCACAGUUCCUCAGUCUGACCACAGCUCCAGCAAUUCUGAAGAUGGCUCAAACACGGAAGGAACACGUGAACCAAAGCAGAAACGUUUAAAAACUGUGGAAGACUCAGUAACUGUGGACGAAGAUGGAGAUCUUGUUUUAAGAAGACGUAAACCAAAUAGUACAGAAAUGGAAGUGCACAUCCAGCAUGCUAUGGCCACUCCUUUAGAUACAGUAGGACUACAGGUAUGGCGAGGGGCACUGCUUAUGUGUGACUUUAUCCUACACAACCAAGACAUCUUUAAAUCUCACAGUGUCUUAGAGCUCGGAGGUGGCGUUGGUCUUGUGAGCAUCAUAGCUGGGGCAGUGGGGGCCUCCAAAGUGUACUGUACUGAUGUCGGAGACAGACUUUUAGAACUCUGUAGGGAUAAUGUAUUGAAAAAUCAGCACUUGUGCGAGCCAACCAGUAAGGAGAUAGUAAAAGUUAGAGAGUUGGAUUGGUUGGGAGACGGUUUAUCGGAAGUUUGCAAGACUGACAAAAAUGUGAAGUCACCCUCGGAGUGGUCUACAACAGAUAUUGAGGAUGUAGAGAACAAUGUUGACAUUUUACUUGCUGCAGAUAUUGCAUAUGAUAGUGAACUGACAGAUGGAUUCUUCAAAUCAGUUUUUGAUCUCAUGACACGCGGACGUCCAAAGACUCUGUAUGUGGCACUCGAGCGCAGGUAUAACUUCACACUGGAGGAUUUAGAUGUCACUUGUAAAUCGUACAAUCAUUUCAGAAAGUGCCUUUGUGAUUUAGAGGGUGAGUACAAGUGUACAGAAGAGUUAGCAGUCAGUGGGUCAAGUUCUCAGGCAAAAAGUUUCCUGUGGUCAAAGGUUAUAGAGGGUCAGUCAGAGGACAAAGGGCAGAGGUCAACACCCAUAAAAUGUCUGAAGGUCAUGUCUGAACAAGUCUUGACUGACUUUCCUUGUUACUCUGACUAUACGAGGGUGAAAGAGCUGGAACUCUGGAAAGUCAGCUCCACAUUUAAUCCCUGAGAUACUGAUCAUAGCUACUAGUAAUGUGAUUAGGUAACAGAUUUUUAGUUUUAUAUUCUAAUUUUGUGAUUGGCAUGAUCCAGAAUAAAAGAGCCAAAUGACUUCAAAAUAUCCGACCAAUCACAAAGAGGCUGCUUUGUCAGUAGCUAUAACUUGCAGCUUGUGAUUGCAACUUUUCCUCCAGACCUGCAAAUGAAUGAGGUUUGACCAAUCAAUCAAGUCAGCUAAUGUGAUCUAGAAUUAAGGAAUGAUACGCGAAUUGCCAAGUAACGCUCAUAUUCAUUAUGAAUCUGUAUCCAAAGAAUCUCUAAGUUUAAAGAACUCAAAUCAUGUAUGAUAAGGCCAUAGUAGAGCUAAUGUCUCCCCUCAUCUGU